AUGGGUGAUAAAACGACUAGGAAGAAAGCUGCCCAAGCACAAGAAGUUUUAGAUAAUGCUCUGAAGUUUCGGAGAGAAAAAAUUGUUAUUUUGAAUGCAGAUCCAUCGCAAGUAUCUUUCGUGCUAUGGUUUGUAAUUUCGGGUUAUUUUCCAGUGAUAGCAGCAUGCUUGGGUCCCAUUGCUAAUAUGAUUGCCAUUGCAGGAACAGCAGACAAGUGGAGAAUCAAUGAAAACGGAUUUCUUCCUGAUCCCCCGGGUGUGUUCGCGAUGAACGUCAUCUCACUAGUGCUGGGGUGCGCUUCGAAUUUGAUAUUGCUAGUACAUUUUGCGAGAAAAGUUAGUUACGUGAAGGCCCAGAUUUUGAACAUUACCGGCUGGUCUCUUGCUUGUUUGCUACUUCUAUGUGAUUUGGUGUUUUGCAGCAAGAGAUAUUUUGAGACGGGUAUAUCGAGAACUAUAGGGUUUUGGUACGCCGUUUUUACCGUGAUAAUGUACGGCGGAUGCGUUUUCAUGUUAUUGGUACAUUUUAUUGGCUAUAAAUUAAGCAAGUAUCCUGCUACCUUCAAUCUUUCCGAUAGUGAGCGGAACGUAAUGAUUUUCACGUUCACGCUUUCUGUAUGGUUUAUGUGGGGGUCUGCCAUGUUUUCGCAGCUAAUGAAUAUUUCUUUCGGCGAAGCCAUGUAUUUCUGUACCAUUACGGUACUGACAAUUGGCCUUGGGGAUGUUGUGCCGUUGACAGUGGCUGGUCGAAUUAUGACCCUAAUUUUCGCUAUGACAGGUCUAAUCAUUUUGGGUCUUAUCGUAGCCAUGACUCGAGCCAUUAUUCAGGGCUCGUCAGGACCUGUGUUGUUCUUUCACGGCGUCGAGAUGGCGAGAAUUAAGGCUUACGAACGACUACUUGCAGAUGAUAGUCAGCCAACGGGUGAAGAAGUGUUCCAAAUGGCUAGACACAUCAGGAGGACAACUGAUCGUCGCCAGACUUACGUGCGAGUCGCCAUAACCGCGGUCCUGUUUUCUUGCUUUUGGCUAAUUGGCGGCGUCGUAUUCCUCGCAUGCGAAGGCUGGAACUAUUUUGAAAGCAUUUAUUUUUGCUUUCUUUGCUUAAUCACGAUUGGAUAUGGUGAUUUUGCUCCGUCAACGGGCCCUGGAAGGGCGUUUAUGGUGAUGUGGGGAGUUGGAGCUGUACCAGUCAUGACGGCUAUCAUAUCAACCAUGGGUGAGACUUUGUUUUCGAUGGCUGAUAGUCUGAAAAUAAAUUUUGUGCAGCAAACGCAGCUUGUUCGGAAGCCAAUUAUGUCGCUGUACUCCUUGGUUCGAGAUAAGUUUGAUGAUUUAGAAGCCAUCCCAGAGGAAGCCACUGAUCUGCAACCACUCAACAAAAAUAAUGAUCAUGAGAUUUUCGGUCCCAAGGCUUCCAAUACCUCGAACAUCCGCUCCGAAACUAACAAUCCGGAUACCAUCAGUGCUCGGAGUAUGGAGAGUUUUAAGCACACACUCGAUAUGCCAGAAAUAAUUACGCGCUUAACUACUGUACUUGAAGCCGUGGAAUGGCUUCAAGAAAUAUCGGAUCUUGAUGACUCGUUUGACCUCUCAUAUGAACAAUGGCAGAAACUUCACAAUUUUGUAAACCGCGAAGAUCAGUCGCUGCCGCCGGAAUUUUGGCUUUCUGAAAAGUCGCCAUUGCGGUAUCCUUUGGAUCAGCCACGCUAUGCCUCGGCAAGGCUUUUAGUCAACCUGAAACGAGAAAUCACUUACUUACUCAAUCAUAUGCCUCACGAUGAGCUCAGUUUGAAGGGGUCUCUUACUCUCGAGAGCCCAAAACCCACAAGAAAAACUCUUUUACCGAGAAGUCCUUAG